GACGUUGACGAUCGUAACAAACAUGGCAGCCCCCUGUCGUUGCACACUGUGAGAAGGUUGUCACUGAAGAUAUUGAGAACAUGCUCGGCCUCACAAUAAGGGAGGUGUCCGUGGCGCUCAGAGAGGGAAGAGUCUCCCCAACAGAGCUCUGCAGGAAGUGUCUGAAUCGCAUCAAGAAAACACAGCAUCUCAACGCUUACAUCACAGUGACUGAGGAGCUGGCAUUGAAGCAGGCCCAACAAGCAGAAACCAGACUUCUGCGAGGUGUCCCUAAAGGUCCUCUGGAUGGAAUCCCCUUUGCAGUUAAAGACAACUUUUGCACAGAGAAUGUCAAGACCACAUGUGCCUCCAGGAUGCUUAAAGAUUACACACCACCAUACAAUGCUACAGUGGUCCAGAAGCUCCUCGAUCAAGGGGCCGUUCUAAUGGGAAAGACCAACAUGGAUGAGUUUGCAAUGGGUGCAGGCAGUACUGAUGGGGCUUUUGGUCCAGUAAAGAACCCCUGGAGCUAUGCUGCUCCCUACAGAGAGCGGACAGGGACAGUGCCAGACUCUGACUGGGUCAUCACUGGAGGAAGCUCGGGUGGAAGUGCUGCAGCUGUGGCGUCACUCACCAGCUACCUGGCUUUGGGUUCAGACACAGGUGGUUCCACACGUAACCCAGGAGCUUUGUGUGGAGUUGUGGCCCUGAAGCCCACUUACGGUCUGCUGUCCAGACAUGGUCUCAUCCCCCUGGUGAAUUCCAUGGAUGUGCCUGGCAUAAUGACACGCAGUGUCAGUGAUACAGCCAUCAUCUUAGGGAUCCUCCAAGGCGUUGAUGUUAGAGACUCAACAACAGUCACUGCCCCAUCAUCACUAACAGAGCUUCCCGAAGACUUUGAUGUUAAGAACAUCCGUGUAGGCAUCCCUAAGGAAUACCAUGCACCGGGGAUGUCUGAAGAGACUCUAGCACAGUGGAGUCGUGUGGCAGACUUAUUCGAAAGAGCAGGCGCGCGGGUGGAGCAAGUGUCCCUCCCCCAUACCCAGCACUCCAUCGUGUGCUACCAUGUCCUGUGCCAUGCUGAAGUGGCAUCUAACAUGGCCCGUUUUGACGGCCUGGAAUACGGCCACCGUAGCGAAAUGGACAGCUCAACAGAGGCCAUGUAUGCUUCAACCCGACAUGAGGGCUUCAACGAUGUAGUAAGGGGGAGGAUAUUGUCUGGAAACUACUUCCUACUAAAACGGAACUACCAGCACUACUUUCUGAAGGCCCAAAAAGUCCGCCGGCUUAUAGCAGACGACUUCAGACGUGUGUUCGACUCAGGGAUUGACAUACUACUGACGCCCACCACACUGACUGAUGCAGCCCGUUACUAUGACUUCACACAAGAAGACAACCAAACACGCAGCGCUCAAGACGAUGUCUUCACCCAGCCUGCCAAUAUGGCAGGUUUACCUGCUGUUUCUGUGCCAACGGCGUUGUCGAGACGGGGCCUUCCCAUUGGUUUACAGCUUAUAGGCCCAGCUCUCCAAGACAAGAAGCUGCUCUGUGUUGCCCAGUGGAUCGAGCAGAGGGUAGGGUUUCCUUCCAUCGGGUACUCCGAUGACUCCGAUGACUCCGGUGAGAGCAGGGAUGAUACGGGACUGACCAAAAAGGAGCAAACCUCAGCUGUAUGAAGACGACGACGGACACAGGGAGCAAACUGUUAACACAAGUCACGUGUAAUGGACUUCAAAUGUGACCAAGUAAAAGGAUGCUGCUUUGUUGUGUGAAGGUGGUGCAAUUAAAUACACAAUAUGGGCGAGUCAA